GUUUCACCGAUGGGAGGCGCCUGAUUUUAAUUUUCUCAGAGGUGAGAUGCAUAAAACAGGUAAGAUGAGGAUCGACGCCACUUCUGCUUCGUUUGUCAUCGGCGUUGAGGUAUCCACAGUGCUGUAAAAUGGGUUCCAAACUCGAGAGUGCAAUGGAGGGGCUAAUUCGAGUGUUCCACUCAUACUCCUCAAAAGAAGGGGACAAGUACAAGCUGAGCAAAGUUGAGCUGAAGAAUCUGUUACAGGGCGAACUGAGUGACUUCCUGGCGGCAAGUAAGGACCCUAUGGUAGUAGAGAAGAUCAUGAGUGAUCUGGAUGAAAACAAAGAUGGCGAAGUGGACUUUCAGGAGUUUGUCAUCUUGGUUGCUGCGCUGACCGUGGCCUGUAACGAGUUCUUUGUCGAGAGCCUGAAUGAAUGAGUUUGGAAACAGUCUGUGACCUCGGCUUUCUACUCAUUAUUCCUUGUUAAUAAAACAUGUAUGCUUUAAUUUUUUUAAAUACUUUUUGACAGAAACCAGCAAAGGUUUCAAUAUUGUCACAUAAUGGUUAUUUUUAACAAAGGCUCUUUUGACUGUUGUAAAAUGAUUGCCGCUGUAGAGAAUCCUGCAAUGGACUGACCACUUUCAGUGUACUAUCACUCUCAUUGCACUAGUAGUUAACAUUCUGCUCAGCUCAAUAAAGGUGAUUGCUGUCUAAAUAUGUUAAACUCAGCUCAUCGUAAACUUGAAUGCACAAUACCGGUACAUGUCUUUUGCAUGCGGAAUAUGGGGCAGUAUGAAUACAUUCUCAGGAGUGCUGAUUUAGGAUCAGUUAUGCCUUUUAGAUCACAAUGACUAAGAUUACAUGGACAGUAGAGGCCUGAUCCUAGAACAGCACUUGUACUGAGACUCUUCAUCUGGCCCCUAGUCUGCUACCUAUGCUUAAACAUGGCAAACUGCACCCAACAUUAUAGUGAAGGAUUUCCACUGAAAUACCUAACUCCUUCUGUUUGGCUAAAAACAAACGGUUCUAAACCAAUUUCCAAGUUCCCACACAGCAGACUGGUGAAACUGAUUAGAAUGCAGCCAGCCAAUCUUAAUUACAUGCAAGGCUUGCUAUAAAUCUAACUUGUGUGUGACGAUGCGUUGGCAGCAACAGAACACUGCAGUCUGACAACUUAAUACUGGCGUCUGAGGCCUAAGUCAGGAUGCUUCAGUCAUGUGUUAAACACGCCCUGUAACAAACUGUCACGUGGUGCAGACUGUAAAAUUCAAACAAUUUUUUUG